AUGUCCACAGAAGUUGAUAUGGAUUUUCGAGAUGAAGAAGAUUGUGGUGUGAAUGAAGCACAUGUUGAUUGUUCAGAUGCUUUUAAUACUUCUCAGGUCUUUGCAACCCGAGAAGAUGUUUUGAAGUGGGCUCGAACGGUUGCCCAUGAAAAUGAUUUUGUUGCAGUAAUUAUGAGGUCUGAUACAUAUACUGUGCAUGGAGGUGAAGGUUGGGCGGUGAAGCUGAUAUGUGGGAUUCACUACCAUGAAUUGGCGAAGACCUUAGUUGGACAUCCAUAUGCUGGGAGAUUGACAGAUGGUGAGAAGAAUAUCAUUGCUGAUAUGACGAAGUACAGGCUCCCAUUGCUUGACAUUGUGGGGGUGACACCAACCGGGAUGACUUUCUCUGCUGGGUUUGCAUAUUUGGAGGACAAAGACCUAGCCUUGAUGAAUGCUGUGAAAGUUGUGUUUCCGGAGUGUACGAAUUUGUUGUGCAGGUUUCACAUAGACAAGAAUGUGAAGGAAAAGUGUAAAUCGCUAAUUGGUCAGAAGAAUGCCUGGGACUACGUAAUGGAUAGCUGGGGUAACCUGGUAGAUUGUCCUUCGGAACAGGAAUUCCCUGAGCACCUUCAAAGGGUUGAAUCUGCUCAUUGGUCUUUGAAAAGGAUAUUACAGAAUAGCGUUGGAGACCUCUAUAGUUUUUGGGAUGCAAUGAACAACAUGAUGACGCUGCAGCACACUGAAAUUAGAGCAUCAUUCAAAACAAGUACGCAUGUCGUUGGUCAUGUUUUUAAGAAAACCUUAUACAAGAGGCUUCUAGGAAUGGUGUCAAGGUAUGCUUUAAAUGAAAUUUCGGUUGAGUUUGAGCGUGUACGUCAUUUGAAAGGCAACCUGUCUUCUUGUGGGUGUGUCUUGAGAACCACACUAGGUCUUCCUUGUGCAUGCGAGCUACAAAGAUAUGAUGGUGGCAGCAUCCCACUGGAUGCAGUCCAUAUGUACUGGAGGAGACUUAAUUUUUCAGACCAGGGGCUAUGUGAGGCCAAAGUGAGCAUCAAGGAAGAGAUUGACAGAAUACAUAAAAGAUUCGAGGAACUUGAUGUUUGCGAGAAAGUUACUUUCAAGAGUAAACUCUGA